CUGCUCAAACGCUCCGUGAGAGGCAUCCCUGCUGCACAGUCAUGGCCCAGGCUUCGAGAUUGCCCGUUAUGCCUGCCGCUAUUUUCGCCAAACGACGAAACAUUGAAAACCUACCUGGCAUACACGUUAUAUAUGACACUCCAGUCAGAUUUUGCCAGGGACUGUUUCCGGCAUCUAUGUUUGAUGGCGUCACUGUGUCAUACCUGGCUUACUUUGAAAGAGAUCCCGUCCUGUUCCGAGUGGCUGUGUGCAAAGACGUCCAACAGGCCAAGUUCGUGGAAAUGGGCAUCUUCGAGGACGAGGGUGUCGAUAUCCGGAACAACAUCGUUUGCAAGACCCGAAUACCCACUGAAACUCAGCAGACAAAAUCAUCUCUCGGGCUCCCUGGGCCACGUCAAUACGCUUGGGCUGAGUUUUCCUUCUCCGGGACUAACGGGACUGAGUUCCGUUACAAUGGUACCCCCCUCCUAUUCCACAACACACUGCAGCUUGACGAGCUCAAUAGCUACAUCGCAUGGCAUUUUCCAACGCUCAACAACGCAACGAUCUUAGAGGUGCAUGCGACAUACCCCUCUUCAGCGUCCUCGACUUUCUUCCAUUUGGGAGAACCCAUCAACGUCACCAAUACUGGAAACAUCAGAGUAGGAGGACGCCUGGUUGUCGUUGGAAACUACAAGAGGACUACUUCCCAGAGUGACGACAUCCAGUUCAAAGUGCAGACAUGGAAGGAAACCGCCAAGAUUUGCGCAAUCAAGAAGCCAUCGCAAGACGACCUGACGAUUGUGUUUGAAAGGAGGACCACUAGAUUAAUCUGUCAGGUGGGAAACAAGGCAGAAUGGAAACUGGAAGACUAUGACAUGAACACCACGACCGCGAUCUCCGUGGUCCAGAACUUCGAGGUCAAGCUCAUCCGACAGUUCACUGGGAUGAGCACGUACUCAGAUUUCAAGUAGUAGGCGUCGCUCGUCGAAGCCACAACGCACCAAAGCACUCUAACAUUGUGCACAAGGACAUCGCACCCAGAGUUAUGUGUGCUUGUAAAAUAUUGAAUAAAAUUGAAUUUGCAUAAAAUA